AGCUCUCAAAAAGUUCAGGCUUAGUAUAAAUGCCUACUCAGACCCAGGCUGCAGGCGCCCAGAUUUUCCUUUAGUCUUUAUUUAUUUAUUUGGGAAGUAUUAACAGGUAUACAAAUCCUACCCACGUAAAUAUCAGAGAUAGAACAACACUCAUUAGAACAGUGAGCUUUUGUUUAAACAGAUAUUAUACAGUAAUAGAGUCAUCAGAUCUUUCUGUUUAACAGGGUGUACCAUAUUACAGAAUGAGCAUCUUUCCAAGGACAUCAUUGGUGGAAAUUGCUGUAAGGUGCUGCUUGAACGGAUAAGUGUUAAACCUCUACUUUUGCAUGAACGAUCAGGUGACUUACAGGCAGGAAAGUGAAAAAAAAUGCUUUAGAUUGUUUUACGCCAUUCCAAGUCACCUGAGCCAGACCUUGCCUGAGACACCAUUGCUAGAAAUAUUAGGUUAUUAUAAUAUCAUUGGGUGGGACAGAUUUUAAAGUUAGUGUUCUCUUGUAAUAUUCACACCAAGUAAUUGCAGCUGGUACAUGCACAUCUAGUCUCAGCUGUAAAAGGUCACAUAAAAUGCUGCCAAAGACAAGGAUGCAAUUCAGGCCAUCUCUUUUAUCUGUGUCAAUGUCAGGGCUCUGUCCUGGUGUUCUGGGACACAGCCUCCCCUGUGUUGCACUGUUGGUAAACACCAAGUCUCAUCUCAUCUACAGCAAUAUUUCAUAAAUUAACCAAGUGCAUUUAUUGAACGACCGAUCUCCAAUCUCUGUUCUUUGAUCCACAAAUAAUUGUGGUAAAUCCACAGAUUUAGUAGAGAAAGACAUAGUCACAUCCUUGUAAUAACCUGUGUACUCCGUGUCAGGUCUCUGGUCUGGGCUCUGAGGCGCAACCACAGUGUUGUGCUGUUUCAUAUACACAACAGAAUUCCACAUAGAAUAAGGGCAUUUUGUUCUUUCAAUUUUUUGACCUUCAGUUUUUUGUCUUCUAUCCCUGUUGGCACCUGACACACAGAGAUUGCAGCAUGAAUGUAAAUGAAUAGUCCUAGCUGGAAAGGGAGUGAUUGGAUAUUCAUAACAGCCUCCAUGUCAGGGCUCUGUCCAGGACUGCACAUGUCUGUAGUUAAGUCAUUUUGUUUGUGUGAUGCUUCACUUGUGACAUGUACCCUGAAUGGUUGAGAUGGGAAGCAUAUACUAGUGCUGCUACAGUCAGGGAGUUUUAUAACUUAAUUUAUAAACCUUAGUUUGCAUGUAGGAUCCAGCCAUUGUAUCUUGUACUCCUGACACUGCAGAAUCACAAUUAUCCAUUCAAAAUGGUGGUAGCAGUUUACACCUAUUUUGUAUAGAGUAAGUAACCACCCAAGCCUGCAGGUACAGCAGAGCCCUACAGGCUGCUCUCCCUGUCUCAUCUUGGUCCGUUGGGGCAGAUGUUGCUGCUUAGGAAGAGACGGGGGUAGCUUACUUAAUCAAGGGCUGUAGCUCACUCCAGCAAUGAUCCUGCAGGGCAGCUCAGAGUGCCAGGGUGCCAAUCCAACCCUCCUCAGCCUGAAUUUUACAGAGGCUGCAAUGAUCUCCUCCUCUGUAACCUCUGUGAAGCAAGCCCAUAUAUGUGAUGAGCUGGUUCUUCUUUUGACCCUGUCUCCCUUCUUUUUCCCUUAUCCCGCCCGAUCAGGAUCCCUCCAUUCUCUCCCUCACUGCACUACUGCCCACCUUGCUCCUUCACUAAGGUGAAUGCUACCCUGCUUCUACUUGACACUGUUUCAGUUUCUUCACAAAACAGAUUUUGCAAUGAGCCUGAUCCCUUUAUACAUGAACAUCUGUCUAAAGAAAGCUUCAUUCCCACAAAUGGCCAUGGAAAAUUAGUGUGAGCCCAGCAAAUCAAAGUUGAGCAGAUUUCCCCACUGUGCCCCCCACUCUAAGCAGGAGUAAGGCCAGCCAGGAAAGUGCAUAGCUCAGCACCUCUGAUUAGGUCCAUGUCCAUGUCUCCUUAAACAUGCCUAUUCUCCACCCAUGCCCAAAGGCUUUUAUGCCGUACUAAUUUUGUGCAAGCUAAAAGUCAUACAGGGGGUGAGAUUUAAGUACAACUCAGUGUCAAGGAAUAUGACCCAAGCUUAACCUCACUUGCACACAAGCACAGUCUCCACUUGCAGUUGUGCUGUAGCACAAACAAAGAAUCUGCAGAGCCAAAGACUUAAUAAAAUAUGUCCUCACAUUGGCAUAAGGAUUUCGUUUUCUAUAGUCACUGAGGCUAGAGUGGAAAAAAGAAAAUAUCAUGAAAACAUUUCUGUCUUUAAAGAGAGGGCUAUUUAAGUUACAUAAAAUAUCACCUUGAAGCGAAUGUCUUAAACUUUUCAGAAUGCUGCAGAGUCCAACGUUAAUCAAAGUGGUUACUUUAAAAGUACACCCACAAGUGACUUGACUGUCAAACUGACCCCUUAACCACAUGAUAUGAUUUCUUUGCUUUCUGAUGGUUUGCAAGAAUCUUAUGUCUGAGCCACAGCACAUACGCUUCGUAAGACUUCACUUCCCCAACCUGUACCAGAAUUUCCUUUCCUGCUUGUUCCCAACCACAAACAAACCACUGAAACUUUUCAGGACACCUUGUAAAUUUUACCUUUAAAUGGGACUGAUGAGCCAUCUGGAAAAUUUCCAGUGCCAGGUUGAAAAUGCUUUCGAGGGAUCCCUCAACGGUGGCAGGGCUGGACACGUAACCGAGCAUCAUAUUCUGUCACACGGGGGACCUAGUCAUUUAAAGGAAACUUUAAACGCUAAAAUCCCACAAACCAUACCUAUUAAUAAAACCAAUAAGCAUCACAUCCUAUCUAACACCAUCUCAUCUUCUAAAACUUGUGAAUAAUGCGUAAUUCUGAUGAUGAGAUAAAAAUAUUCAACACCCAGGUAUAAAUAUCACCAGCAAGACAGAUGAAGUUCACUACUUGGCUUUCUUCUAAUACCAGACCUGACUGUUAGAAGGUUAGCUCAUUGCUUUGGGCCUGAUAGCCAUAAACAGAAACCACUUCAGCAUUUUUACUUCAGUGUCUCCACAGCAAUGACUCCUCAGAUUUAUCUCUUCAUCCUUCUAUCUAUCAGCUCUUGUUUUGGAUGUUUCUUUUGUCAACCAAUUCUUCCUAAAAUAGAAGAAGAUAUAGAAAAACUCAAAGCUGACUUUAAUUCAAGUCAGUCAGAUGUAGCUGAUGGCGGAUCUAUUUUCACAGAAAGACUGAAAAGUUGGACAGAGACAACUGAAAAAAAAAUCAUACUCAGCCAGAUCAUUUCCAUGUACUUGAAAAUGUUUGAAAAUAUUCACCCGACUAUAAAUAAAACUGCUAUAAAGCAAUUGCACGUCAAGAACAUACGCAAUGCCCUGUAUACGCUGAACAACAGUCUAACUGAAAGCUUCAAAAAAGUAAAUGACCUAAUGGAGUUGGCAAGACUUCCGAUGAAUGAUUUGAAAAUCCAACGCAAAGCUGUUAAUGAACUUUUCCCCACCUUACAAAAACUACUACUGGACCAUCCAACCACUCACGUAAAGAGAAAAAGGAGCCAAAGUCAGAAAAGGAAAUGUAGAUGUUGAAAGGCUUAGUUAUACCUUUUGUUAUUCCGUUUUUAUAUAAAUCUAUUUAUUAAUAUUUAACUAUUUUUCAAUCAAUAUUUAUAAUGAAAUCCAUUUUGUAGAAACACCAACAAAGUAUUUAUAAUUCCUACUGCUGCACAAGAAAUGAAUAUGUGUAGAAUUCCUGUUUAUCUUUUACACGUUUAUUAACUGGAUAAUACCGAGCUGUGCAACAUUUACCUGAUAUUCCCUGUGAACUGCAUAUAAACAUACCAUGUAGACCCAAUACCGUACUUAACUGACUUUCUGGUACUAUCUUGAUAGCUAAAAAUAAUACGGUUAUGGCUGAUCAUUUAUUUAAUGGUGCUGGAAAGAGGGCACUGAAUCAGAAAAGCAUCUCAGAAAAGCAAUAAAGAAUGUGCUUAAAGUUAAGCAGAUACUGAAGUCCCACUCAAAUCUAUGGGAUUUAAGUACAUGCUUAAAGAUGAGCAUAUGCUGAAAUGCUUUCCUGAACUGGGGCCUUGAUGACUGAUAGAUGCUAACUAUUUUUUUAAAUCCUGAAAUUGUUAGAAAGAUAAGGCAACUAAACAUUGCCAGCUGUCUAACAGGAAGCGUGACUAUAUAUGGUACGUGUAUUAUGUCUGAAUUUUGAUCCACUGAGUUUUUUAAUGUUUCAUCUCUGUACUAGAGAAUUUAAAAGGUGCCAGAUAUAUUUAUUAUAUAAUAAGUAGCAUACAGGUACUUUAUCUCAGGUGAAUAUACAAAUAGUUGCACUACAAUAUUAUUUAAGACUUUGAUUUCACUCAAAUGAAAAAUAAUCCCCUUAUUAUUUCUAUAUUUAAUAACAAAAAUGUUUGAAUAAAAGUAUAAUUUUACAUUU